AUGUGUCUACCAAUGGGUUGUUCAAUUAGUUGUGCUUUAUGGGGAAAGUUUGCACAUUUUAUUCAGUGGGUAGUAGAAGAAAAAACUGGAGUUCACACUCUGAACCAUUACCUAGAUGACUUCAUAUUUGCUGGGUACACGUUAGAAACAUGUAACCUGUUAAUGUUAUCAUUCAAAAAUACCUGCUCUGCUUUUGGCAUCCCUCUUGCAGAAGAGAAAACAGAGGGCCCAAAAUCGGUACUUACAUUCCUGGGUAUAGAAAUCGAUACAGAUAAGAUGGUUAUUCGAAUUCCUGAAGAAAAGAUUAUCGACCUGGAGAAAUUACUGCUUGAUAUGUUACAAAAAACAAAAGUUACGCUUAGAGAAUUACAAUCUUUGGUAGGUUCUCUGAAUUGUUGUGCUAAAGCUAUUCCAUCUGCUAGGGCCUUUAAUAGAAAAUUUUGUGAUGCUAUGUGUGGAAUAAAAUACCCAAGUCAUUUUAUUAGAGUAACAAAGGGAAUGACAUCUGACCUUCUUGUGUGGUUAGAUUUCAUACGCAGGUUUAAUGGCAGUUUAAAUUUCAUGGCUGUUAAUUGGUUGUCUAAUGAUCAACUUCAUCUCUACAAUGAUAGUACAGGCAAUCAACAUUUAGGUUGCGGCGUUUACCUUCAUGGGCAAUGGGCAUAUUUUGGUUGGCCAGAUAGCUGGAAGAAUCCAGACAUUAUGUUAGACAUAACAUUUUUAGAGUUAGUGCCAAUUGUCCUUGCAAUUUUCUUAUUUAAUAAUGAAUUUCUAGACAAAAAAAUAAUGCUGCAUACUGAUAACAAAGCUUUAGUUUCCAUUUUAAACAAAAAAUCAUCAAAAUCUCCUCGAGUUAUGGAAUUGGUUCGGCCAUUGGUUUUACAUUCCAUGGUAAACAAUUUUUACUUUAAAGCUUGUCAUAUAGAUGGUUAUGAUAAUGCUAUAGCGGAUUCUAUUUCUCGCAAACAGUUGACCAGGUUUCGAGUUCUUGCCCCCACCUCCAAUCAAGAUCCGACACCUAUUCCAGAAGAUUUUGUAAAACUGAUCUUGGAACUGAAAUUAAACGCUUGA